AUGGAUGUUGCUUGCGCUCCCGUCCCCCGUUCUGCUUCGCGGAGCGCCCUGCAGGAGAUCCGCCGUGCGUGGAAUCUUGAGAUUUCGCCUGCGCAAGCCGCCGAAAUAGCUCGGCAAGGCGGAGUUGACACAAGUGCCACUGCGCUGAAACGUGUGUUGCUGAAUACGGAUAUCAGCUCUAUACCCGGCAGUGCCGAUAAUGCCGGAACCGCAGGCCCUGGUAAGGGCGGGAUGUGCUCGUCGACUGAGCUCGACGCGCUACCGCGUCCGCUGUUGUGCCAGGUGGUGAAGGUCGUUGAUGUGACUCAGCCAAAGGACGGCGUGGCCAGGAAGGAUGGCACAGGCAACCCGCUUUACAAGGUCACCCUCACUACAGGGCAGAUCAGCUUCCAUGCGGUGCUGUUGGACGAGAAGAUGCCCAUCAUGUCACUUGCCCCUGGAACAAAAUUGCUGCUAACCGAGCGAAAUGUAAUUCACACAGAUGGCAUUGCGCUUCUGCGCCCCAACCACUACGAGGUGCUUGGCGGCGUUGUGGCGGAGCUGAAGACGCCGUGGGCAAUUCAGCGUGAAGUUAACUUUCAACGGUUCUCGGACGGCGCGCGUAGGAUCGUCAGCGACGCGCCCAAAUUCGAGCCGCUGGACACCUCGUCACUGAAGGCUGCCACCGAUAUGGCCAAGCUCUCGCUGCGGCCGCCACCACCCAAGAGUGCUAAGGGAACGCCCGCAAAGGAAACGGGCGCGAAAGUAACUAAAGCUGGCGCCCCGAAACAGGGCAAAAUGAUUAAACCGGCGUACAAGUUACAGCCAGACAAAAAGGGCGGCCCUCAGCACAAGGCGGCACCGCAGCGUGGCUCCAGUGAAGCCCCCGCAGCCAAGGAUGCCGUCCCGAGGGCAACGCAGCCCCCAGGCAGGGGCCGGGGAAAGGGCGCUCCCCCGUCGAAGGCGAAGCCAGCCGGCGCACGGCCGCCGCCAAAAACGAGCAGCGAUCGGGCGCCCAAGAAGGCGCCGUCUGCCACACCCACGGCAAACCCUCGCAAGAACGCGGCCGCUACCGGCCGGCCUAACCCAGCAUAA